CAGUUAGUAAAUAAAUAGUUUUUUUUUUGUUGUUGUUUGAACACGUUAAAUGGUUAAAAGUUCUUUCACUUGCGUUUGAUAGUGUAUUUGACUUUGUUUGCUACUGAGAGAGUUUUUUAUGUAUUAAGAAAUGUCAAAAAAUUAUAAUUGUCGCGUGUGGUUUGCGUGGUGUCAGGCGGCCGGCGGGGCGAAGAAGCCGGCGGACUCGGCCAUGCUGCCCCCGAUAGCGCUGAGCAGCGAGGCGGCCGAGCAGUUCGAGCUGGAGCUGUGUUGGUGCGUCCAGCAGCUCGAGUCCGCGCUCUCGUCCAAGAAACUGAACACCAAGCAAGCCAAAGAAACGUCCAGAGCAGCGAACAUUCUGAAGAGCAAUACCGCGUCAGUGGUGAGGAAACGCCAAGUAAUGAACGUGACGUUUGGUGACUACCGUGCGAAAAUGGCAGAGGAAGAGAAGAAAUUUGAGAAAGCGCCCUUCCGCGUGAAGUUUGACUCGAAGCCGGGAAGUGGGAAAUCUCGAUUCGUGAAGCAAUGCUCGACCAAGCUCUUCAAUACAUCGGAUAAAAACUUCAGAUUCAAUUUUUCCUGUGAAGAGGACAGUGGCGAGAACAGUGCGCAGUGCGAGAAAGACAGACUGUCUCCGUCUUUCAAGUACCAGCCGUCAGAUAACGCUUUCAGAUUUAAUUUUGGUGAUGAAGUGGAGCAGAAUGUGACAUAGUUAAAUAAUCAAAAUGUGACUAUCUACUUUUGAGAGAUUAAGUUCUUGGUGAGUGUGAUCUUGUUGUUAAAAACUAUUUGAUAAUAGAAAACUUAUUGUAAUAAGUGUAUCUGGUUUUUUAUGUUUGGUUAACUGUCUUAAGCAUCUGGAUGUAUUUUUAUGCUGAAGAAAGUAUUUUUUUUAAUUGUGACAUUAAAGAACAUUAUUUUGACAAA